CUCUGCUAUCAACAUGCGGAGCUGGAUGUGUUGACAACGUGCGACAUGAGAAAUACGUAAAUUAAGUCGCCCGGAGCUACUAAAAUAUUUAGUUUUGGGAUUUUGUCGUGUGUAAAAUGGCGACUACGAAUCUUCAGUUUAAAACCAAUUAUGCUGUUUCCAGCAAGAUUGAGCCGUUUUACAAAGGCGGCAAAGUGCAGAUCAGCAAAGAUGAGAAGUACAUCUUUUGCACAUGUGGAUCUCGUGUCAACGUUUUGGAGAUUAGCACGGGGAAGAUCGUUCACUGUAUUGAGCAUGAUGAUCAAGAGGACAUCACAUCAUUUGCACUCAGCUGUGAUGAUGAAAUGCUGGUUACAGCCAGCAGGGCUUUGCUGCUGAAGCAGUGGGACUGGAGGCAGGCCAGCUGCACUCGUUCCUGGAGGGCUAUUCACACCAUUCCUGUCGCCAGUAUGACGUUCGACUCCACCUCUACACUCCUCGCCACAGGUGGCUGUGAUGGAACCAUAAAGCUUUGGGAUGUUGUGAAGCAGUACUGCACGCACAACUUGAAGGGGUCAUCUGGGGUUGUACAUUUGGUGGAGUUCCACCCGGAUAUCAAACGCCUGCAGCUCUUCUCCUCGUCCCUGGACUGUGGCAUCCGGCUGUGGGACCUUCGCUCCAGCCAGUGUUUGGUGGUCCUGCAGAGCCACUACAGCGCCGUCACCUCCCUCAGCUUCAGCCCCGACGGUGACACCAUGGUCAGCUCUGGCCGAGAUAAGAUCUGCACAGUGUGGGACCUGAAAACUCGCCAAGCCAAGAGGACUGUUCCGGUGUACGAGGCUGUGGAAGGCGUCGUACUUCUGCCUGAGAAUACAGAUUUAUCUGAGAUCGGAGUAAAGAGCAAAGAUUUGCAUUUCAUCACAGCUGGAAGCAAAGGUGUGCUGAGGGUUUGGGAGGCCAGCUCGGCCCGUUGCGUCCACACCCAGUCCCUCCCCUCCACCCUCACCUCCGAGGAGGAGGAAGACGAGGAGCAGGACAGUCCUCGCAGCCUGACGUACCUUUUCCACCUGCCUGAAUCCUCCAGACUCGCCACAGUCACUGCAGAACACAACAUCCUGCUCUACCAGCUGCCUGGUCUCAGCACACAGCAGCAGUUUGUGGGCUACAGCGACGAGGUUCUGGACGUGAAGUUUCUGGGAAAAGGCGACACUCACAUCGUUGUGGCCACAAACAGCUGCCAGCUGAAGGUGUUCGAGCUUCUCACCAACAGCUGCCAGAUCCUCUACGGACACACAGAUACUGUCCUCACUCUGGACGUGUUCAGAAAAGGUUCUCUGUUUGCAAGCUGUGCAAAGGAUCGGGGGGUUCGUGUCUGGCAGAUGGACGGUGAUGGUCAGGUCCGAUGUGUAGCUCAGGGCUGCAGCCACACCAACGCUGUGGGCUCCAUCUCCUGCUCCAGGAUGAAAGCGUCUUUCAUUGUGACCGGGAGUCAGGACUGUACGGUGAAGGUCUGGGAUCUGCCAGCAGAGUUUCCCACAGCAGGGGAGGAAAUCCAUCAGCUGACUGCAAGGGCCACAGAGAAGGCUCACGAUAAGGAUGUAAACAGCGUCGCAGUGUCUCCUAAUGACAAGCUGCUGGCUUCAGGCUCCCAGGACCGGACAGCCAAGCUCUGGUCCCUGAGCGGGGACGGGACCGUGGGCCUGCUGGGGGUGUUUCGGGGUCACCGUCGAGGCGUCUGGGCCGUCUGCUUCUCGCCCGUCGACCAGGUUCUGGCCUCCUCCUCUGCAGACGGAACCACCAAGCUGUGGGGCCUCCAAGACUUCAGCUGCCUCAAGACGUUCGAGGGUCACGAUGCGUCGGUUCUGAAGGUCGUGUUCGUGAGUCGAGGCACUCAGCUGCUCACCAGUGGCUCCGACGGUUUGGUGAAGCUGUGGACCAUAAAGACCAACGAGUGCGUGAAGACGCUGGACGCCCACCAGGACAAAGUGUGGGGUCUCCACCCCAGCCGCAAAGACGACAGGAUGGUGACGGGUUCGGCCGACUCUAACAUCACCGUGUGGGCGGAUGUGACUGAGGAGGAGCUGGCAGAGGAGCAGGCCAAGCAGGAGGAUCAAAUACUCAAGCAGCAGGAGUUGUCCAACCUGCUCCAUGAGAAGAAAUAUCUGAAGGCGCUGGGUCUCGCCAUCUCACUGGACCAGCCGCACACAGUGCUGACCGUCAUCAAAGCGAUCCGUGAGGGGGAGAAUAGCAGCCAACUUCUGGAGAAAACGGUGCUGAAACUUAGAGUGGAUCAAAAAGAGUCUCUUCUGCGUUUCUGUGCCGUGUGGAACACCAACGCCAGGAACUGUCAGGACGCUCAGGCCGUCCUCCAGGUGCUGCUCACUCACCUGCCGCCCGAAGAGCUGCUGCAGUACCAGGGAGCCCGGACUCACCUGGAGGGCCUCAUCCCCUAUACAGAGAGACACAUGCAGAGGAUCGGUCGUCUACUGCAGGCCUCCAUGUUCCUGAACUACAUGUGGCAGAAGAUGAGAGUCGCUGGAGCAACAUCUGGCGUGGACCAAGGUGAGGAAAUGGACACGACUCCUCUCGCACAACCUUUCUUUGUGAUCGACAAGGAGAAACCAAAAGAAAGCAGCGACGAGAGACGAGAUGAAGGCGAUGACAGCGGAGAAGACGAAGAUCCAAACGUCUCAGCGGAGGACGAGGAGGUCGAUGAGGUCAGCACCACAAAGAAAGCCUCCACCAAUGACAGACGAGUACAAAACGGAAACCAGACCAACGGGGACCACGAAGGCUCUGAAAGCGAGGAGAGUUCAGAAGAGGAAGACGAUGGAACGACAGUGACGGUGAAGAAAUGUCUUCCUAGUGUCCGAGUCUCGCCGGCUGACGAAGAUCUCCAAGAAGUUUUCUUACCUCAGACUGUUAGCUAACCAGAACGUGAGGCAGAGCAGAGAAACUGCUGUAAAAAUGGAAAUAUUACAGAUAACUGGCCUCUCAGCAGACCUUAAACUGUGCAUGGAUCCUCCAUGAAGACAUUUAACUGCCCUGAUUUCAUCGAUGGGCUCCAGAGUGGAAAAACAUAAAAACAAGGAGGCAGAAACCAGUUUUUUUUCUUCUUCACCUGCAGCAGACUGCAUAGUUUCCUAAUCCUGAUCCACUGGUUCGACCACACAGCAGCCUUGUGUAACCUGCACAGCAAAGUUUCCUGAUGUAACCGUAUUUUUUUAUGUCCUGACCACAAAUGUUUAUAAAAUAAAAAAAUUGUUGAGAUUUCAAAGGA